CCUCCCAUAAAUCCCGGUGGCGGCGAGCAGCUGUGAGGUUUGACUCUGAGCUGCUGAGCGUCAUGCCUCUGCCCCGACGCCGCUCAUCCUUCCUGGGACAGCCGUCCUCGGAGCGCCCGGCCCCCCGCGGCUCGGUCUGCACCACCGCCCCCCGCGGCGUCUUUGUGGGCUCCACCCCUCCGAUGGGUGGGGCCUCUUGUCUGGGGACACGAGUGUCCCGGCGAGCUUUGGGCAUCAGCAGUGUGUUCUUGCAGGGGAUGAGGAGCAGCGCGGCCCCUGUGGUACCACGGGCGGGGGAGCGGACGGGUCAGGGGGCGGGGACGGCGGCUGGACUCAACAGCUGUCUGAUGGAGUACAGAGACAAAGUGAGGGCGCUCGAACAGCUCAACCAACAACUGGAGACACAGAUCCGCCUGAGCCUGGACCGCAAGGCGUCCAGUGCCGGAGCCUGGGGGGCGCUCAGGAGGGAGUGGGAGGACGUGUACAGACAGGUCAGUGAAGCCAUCCUGGAAAACGCUCGACUGAUGCUGCAGACAGAGAACGUUCAGGCCAACGCUGAGGACUUCAAGGACAGGUUUGAGAACGAGCAGCCGUUCAGGCGGGCGGUGGAGGAGGAGAUCAGUUCUCUGUAUAAGGUGAUCGAUGAAGCCAACCUGACGAGGGCGGAGCUAGAGGAGCAGAUGGACAACAUGAGAGCUGAACUACGCAACCUGGAACACAACCACGAGCAGGACGUCAGAGUCCUCUACACUCAGAUGGCGGGACGUGAGGUGGACGAACCAGACGCUCCCAUAGAGACCAGUCUGGACCAGAUCCUGGACUACAUCAGGAGCCACUGGGAGAAGGUGACAGAGAGGAACAGAGCUGAGACAGACAGCUACCUGGAGUGUAAGGAGGCGCAGUGUGUGAGCAGCAGGCUGAGUCCUGACGAGGAGCAGGUGGAGGCGCUGAAGGCCGAGUGUAAUGACACGGGCUGCAAGAUCCAGAGUCUGCAGGCUGAGACCGAGUCCAUCAGAGCUCUGAAACGAGGUCUGGAGAACUCACUUGGAGACGCACGUCACUGGCACGACAUGGAGUUGCAGAAUCUCGGCUCAGUUGUUGCCAAGCUAGAGGCGGAGCUAGCCGACGUUCGCAGCGAGAUUGAACAGCAGCGCCGUGACUACGACACGUUGCUUAGCAACAAGCAGCGCCUGGAGCAGGAGAUCGGCAUGUACCAUGGAAUCCUGGACGGAGAAGAGCGACGCUUCCAGCCUGCCGAAGCCCAGUAUCCAGGUGUGCACUGGGAGUCUGAGGGAGCUGCUCCAGACUCAAAGACCGAGGCUCCAGGACCUCCAGGACAGUGAUCCAGAAAUGACCUCAGAGAUGACCAGAGGACUGAGCAGGAAGCUGCUGGGACACAGGAACAAAGCUGAGCUGUUGCAUCACUCCUGGACCCUAGAGUCAAAUGAUGUUGUCAUGACAACGAUUACAUACUUACAAGGCUGGAAGUGAAACACAUCAGUCAAAAUACAAGUGAGACUGAAGUAAAUAAAAACAUGUCAUCAAAUCAAA